GAAUCAACCGCAUCUCCUUUUUAAGAUUUUUUUUUCUUCUUCCCAAGCGGCAACCUAACUUUUUCGCAUGACUUCACAUCCGAUAAAGACUAACAAACAAGAAGAAACAAUGAAUCGGGACACUAACCAGAAUUAGCCCAAACAAUCGAGAGAAUAUUGUUUCGUGAACUGCGCCAGUGGUUAACUCCUAUGGAAGAUAGACAAAUGGUUCGCGAACGAUGAUGAGUUCGAACGUGCCGGAUAUUAUGGUGUGAUGUUACAGAUAUAGUUACGAGAGUGGUAAAAAUAGCUUGAUUACCCAAGCAGUUUUUUAUUCACUUCGAAAACACUUUUUUUUUAUGCUCAUCGGCAAGUGAAGUGAUUUUUUACGAUAUCCUCUUAUUGGUGAAAGUGGUUGCCGUAAAUGGUUUCUUAAAUCAGCUGCAAAGCUUUGAUUCUUUAGAAGAAUUUUAUAGCUCCUUUGCUUACAGAUGCAUGUUUUACUACAAUGGAAUAAAAUGCACUGAAGUUAUGUGUUUUUACAAUGGAAUAAAAUGCACUGAAGUCAUGUUCUAUUUUUGUGAUUAACUCAAACUUUGUGUGUGAUUUUCUUCUCAGAAGACAGGUGGUUUGAAAAGAAAAAGUUUGUUCCACAAAGAUGGUACUUUUAUGCUUUAAUUGGGAAUCUAAAUAAUCCUGUAGACAAUUUACUUAGUUCAAAUGAACUGAAGUCUCAUGGUGUAACUUCUUGUCGUUCUCUUUUUAUAAAACAAGAAAAUAUAGAUACUGAGUCUUGAAAAUUCGCAUGGUAAAAGUUUCUCAUAUGAUAAUUUAAGUGUUUGAAAACAGGUAAAGAUGGAUAUUGAUUUCAUGCCAAUGGAAAAAGAAAUUGAAAACUUGAAACUUUCAGUUAAUAUCAGUGACAAACCGAUUUUCUUGCCAAACAGGCCAUCAUCGGCUACAUGUGCGUUCGCUGUGUUUUGCUGUAUUUUGUUUAUUAUCAUCGGAUGCUUAGGCAACUUUUUGACAAUUGUGGCUUUGGCCAGAUGCAAGAAACUUCGCAAUGCAACAACUGCUUUUGUUGUUAGUUUAGCAUCUGCUGACUUUUUAUUCUGUGCAUUUUGCCUACCUCUAACGGCCACGAGGUACAUUUACAAGGAAUGGAUAUUGGGUGAUGAAUUGUGUGCUUUGUUCCCUUUUUUCUUUUACGGGAAUGUGGCUGCAUCUCUCAUGUCUAUGACAGCUAUUACUUUCAACAGGUUUGUUUUGAUAAACUGUUAUCCAAUUUACAACAAGAUUUACAAGAAAUGGAAUGUUGGCGCCAUGGUAAUUUUCUGUUGGGCCUUCAGCUAUCUGAUUUUGGUGCCAACCUUGGCUGGUUAUUGGGGAAGAUUUGGCUACAAUGAUACAUCUUUUUCAUGCACCAUUCUCAAAACGGAAGGCAAAUCUCCGAGGAAGUUCUUGUUUUCAUUUGCUUUCCUGUUACCCACCAUCACAAUAGUUGUCUGUUACUCCUGCAUCUUCUACAAAGUGCGAAGCACCUCUAUGAAAGUGCUUUCUCAUCUCAAUUCCGAUGCUUCAAAAAGGAACUCUAGAUUGUUGCCCAGAAGGAAGGAAGACUUGAAGGUGACACUUACUAUGUUGGCUUGUUUUUGCACUUUUCAAAUCUGUUUUCUGCCACUGAUGAUCGUCAACGUAUUCGAAGAAAGCAUAAGGUACCCAGUGAUCCAUACCAUGGCCUCUAUUCUCGCAUGGAUGUCUGCUUGCUCCAAUCCCUUUAUCUACGUCCUAUUGAACAAGCACUAUAGAGAAGCCUAUUUUCACCUCCUCAUCACAUGGGGAUUGCUGAAAGGGGUGGACCAGAACACAUCCUGCGAUGGUGCAUCUGCAGCUUCUAGAAUAACAAAUUUGCGCUCAGCUUCCGCAGAGAAUACCAAAUCUCAGGAUGAACUCAACGCAUCACGUGAUCUGGAAGUUUAACUUAUACAUUGAUCAAACAUAUUUAAUAAAGCAAUAUAUAUUUUUAUAAA